CAACCCAGCCAGACAGACCCGGAAUUCCGUGCCCUGCCCCCGCCUGCCCCCGCUCGACUGAAUAAACCCCGAGACCGAAAGCGCGAUUCAUAAUCCCAUUUUUCCAAUCCAGUCACUCCUCGCCCGCUCCUCCUCCUCUCCGACGGCGAGGAGACGGAGAGGCCCCGGCAGGGUUGCGGUGAUCUCGUCUCCUUCUCGCGCAGAUGGGGGACAUUGCCAAGGACUUGACAGCCGGAACCGUCGGAGGGAUCGCCAAUCUGGUUGUUGGGCACCCAUUUGACACCAUCAAGGUCAAGCUCCAGAGCCAGCCCAGCCCUGCUCCAGGCCAGCUUCCUAAGUAUGCCGGCGCCUUUGAUACUGUCAAGCAAACGGUUGCGGCUGAAGGGCCAAGGGGACUCUACAAGGGGAUGGGGGCUCCUCUCGCUACUGUUGCAGCCUUUAACGCUCUCCUGUUCACUGUGAGGGGCCAGAUGGAGACUCUCUUGAGAUCGGAGCCUGGGGCGCCAUUGACGGUAAAACAGCAGGUUGUCGCUGGUGCUGGUGCUGGGCUUGCAGUCUCCUUCCUGGCAUGCCCAACCGAGCUGAUCAAGUGCAGGUUGCAGGCCCAGAGCUCUUUAGCUGAAGCAGGUGCUGUCUCCGGCGUGGCGCUACCCAAAGGGCCAAUGGAUGUGGCUAGGCAUGUCAUGAGGGACGCUGGCGUCAAAGGUCUGUUCAAGGGCAUUGUCCCAACAAUGGGCCGUGAGAUCCCCGGCAACGCCAUAAUGUUUGGCGUGUACGAGGCCGUUAAGCAGUACAUGGCCGGCGGUCGGGACACGUCUGGCCUCGGCCAGGGCUCUCUCAUCCUUGCCGGUGGCCUCGCCGGAGGAGCUCUGUGGCUCACGGUGUACCCAACCGACGUCGUGAAGAGCGUGAUCCAGGUGGACGACUACAAGAAGCCGAGGUACUCGGGGUCGAUCGACGCUCUCAAGAAGAUCGUCGCGGCCGACGGGGUCAAGGGCCUGUACAAGGGGUUCGGCCCCGCCAUGGCCCGCAGCGUCCCGGCAAAUGCCGCCACCUUCGUGGCCUACGAGAUCACGCGGUCGGCCAUGGGCUGACUGACCCAAGGUCCCGGCGCCGCCCUAAGUCUCUUCUCCGACGCGGCUGAAGCGGCGUUCCACGGAGCAACUGAGAGAUAAUUCAGGACCAUGGCAAACAAAAGAAAGGAAAAAUUAACCAUUCUUCUUUGCUGCGACGUUGUUUCUGAAAACCUUGCAUAGACUGGCAGCAAUGGCAGGAUCGUUGGUGAUAAUAAAGGUUGAGCUUUACC